AAAAUAAAGAAAUUUGAUGCUGUCGACACCAACAGGAUGACUUUCAACAGAGUAAAGAUUGAUGAUUAUUACCAAGUGUUGUCUAUAAGAUCACCUGAAGAUGUUUAUGAGGGAUACGAUUACUUACCAGACCGCUUCCAUAAACUGAUAAGUAGUUCCUCAAUUGAAGGCUAUGCAGCCUCUAUCGACAACAAAAUGGUUGCUUUCCAACUAGUAAAUCUUUUGGAUGAUGGUCGCACGGUCUUGAAACAAGCUGGACGAGUGGAUAAGGAAUAUGAAGGAACAGGAAUAUACAACACACUUGAUUCAUUUACACAACAAAAGUAUAAUUUAUUGGGCAGACAAAGGACCUUCUCAUUUGACGCACACAACCAAACUUUGAUGAAACAUCUUUAUGCUAGAAAAAUGGAUACAGUUAUGUCAAGAGAUGUAAUAGCGUAUCAUGUGAAGUCUCACAGAGAAAUACUUAAAAACAACUCAACUGAAACAAACAACACCAUUAUAUUCCCUGUCCAUCUGAAGGAAGUCUUCAAAUCAGAGAAAACGAGUAGCGAACUUUUCCCGGAAGGUAGAAUGCUAUGUUUCUAUGUUCCAUAUAAACUAAAAGAUUCCAACAUACCACUGAUAUACUCUCAAGGAACGAAAGUUCUAGGAUCAUUUACUGAAGGCUCCCUGUUAGUGACAGCAGGGACAAGCUUCCAAUGUAACAAAGGACAUGUAUUUGUACUUGACGUAUACGGAACUUUAAACGAAACAUUUGUACAGCACAUUCUUCAACAUUUCCGACAUAUGGACCUACGAUAUUUCAAUGAGCCAAUGGAAAUCAACGUUCAUUGUAUGGAUUCUGGAAACCAGUAUAUAACUGAUGCUAUGAGCCAACUUGAUAUUCAAAAAGACGAAAGUUUCAGAGAUGUUCAUCAUGUAGCUACCGCGGAUAUGAAUUAGAAUUGUCGAAUCUAUAUAAAGCAGGAUACUAUGAGUUAUAUAUAAUUCUGACAUAUACAACAUUUGAGUAAAAGUAGUAACGAUUGAGACAGCAAUUAAAAGCGAAAAGGGGUAUAUUCUUUUUAUAAAUUUGAAAUUAAUAAGAUCGAAAUUGAUACAUGAUUGUCAAAUGAUGUAAACCAUAACCUGAAUAUCCAUCUAAACUAAUUUCAUAUUGCUAUAUCAUAAUAUAACUAUGCAUCUCCCCAAAAUGAUACUUUUGUUGAAAGAUAUGGAGAUAAUUGUAGCGAAAGAACCUUCAUGUAUUCUGGAACAUUGUUGUUGAAUUACUUGUCGUCAACUUUGAGGGAAAGAAAAAAUGUAAAUGUAAAUGUUUUAAAACAAAGAUGUCAAAAAGGACUUUUCGUAGUCAAGUUAUAAUUUCAUAUUUUUACUUUUUACAUUUUUUUUGGGUCUUAUUUGUGCUGUACACAGUGUAAUUCUAAUUCUUUCUAUGUCUACAUAUGGUAGAAAUUAGACACUCCAAAGAAUAUGGUGCUAGCUCAUUCGCCAUAAUAGAUUUAAAUCGCGGCUAAUAUUCUACCAUAUACAUGAGCAGAAAAUCUGAUAUAUAGUCGUAUCUAUUAUAAACUGUGUUAUCUUACAUGGUGAUGAAGAAGGUCAAUGGGUUAAGAAACUGCAUGCUUUCUUUAGUAUCAUUAUUUUUUGUAUUAUAAACGGUCACCAACAUCGCCUUAAUGUGAUAUUAAGAUUAGGGAGUCUAUACCGUUGGUCCCCCAAGUAUAGGCUACUCAGAGUCAAUCUUUUGUAUCUCAGUAAAAAAUGUUUUUUUAACCUUUAUUAUUUAAUAUAUUU